AUGGCUGAAAAUGGGGUAAAAUCUUUAGAGGAAACUCUGGAAACUCCGGAAACUCCGGAAACUCCGGAAACUCCGGAAACUCCCAGUGAGCAGCAUGGCAUUGUCGAAAAGCUUUAUGCCGAGUUAGAUUUGGAAAGAGAAGCUUCAGCAACAGCUGCAAGUGAAGCAUUGUCUAUGAUGUUGCGUCUUCAGGAGGAAAAGGCUGCAGAGCAGAUGGAAGCACACCAAUAUAAGAGAAUGGUGGAGGAGAAGAUCCACCACAAUGAGGAAUUAUUGGCCACUUUGGAAGAGCUUCUGUAUCAGAAAGACAUGGAAAUUGCUUCUCUCAGGUCCCAACUAAAGAUCUAUGGCGAUCAGGUGUUAAAUAGUGGCAUUUCAACUCCCAGUUUCUCUGAAAUAGAUGCCUUAAAAACCCCGUUUUUAAGAAGAAAUGAUACAUUAAAUGGUGAUAUGAAUCUCCAUGAAACCAUGUCAAACGACUUCGCUCUCCCUACCAUUAGCUUUACAGGCAUUCGCUGUGAGAUGGAUGUUCUUGAUGAAGGCAUGGGCGCACCUCAAAAACAAAACUCAGACGCGGAACGUUUCUACCAGUUCACAGAUGCUAUGAACAACCAACAAGGUCCCAACAAUUUGUGUAAACUCUUGUCAGGCCUGUCUGUUCAGUCUCCUGCUUUAAUUUGCAACCGUCUUUGUAAUCGAGCCAAAGACAGACAUAAAAUAAUGAACGAGACGUUAAAGUCAAGAAGACUUGAAGAGAGCCUGAAGCCUGAUUGCAUUAGGUCACAUGAUGAAUUUCGGAUGCCCAUACCAGUUUGCUCAUCAAGUUUGCCAAAUGGAAAUAUGCCUUAUUCAUUUUUUUCUUCUGCUGUGAAUAAUUCACUUUAUGAUUCUGAUAUAGGAGAGGAAGGAACCGGGUUUUGCACUGCAGCCUCAGAUUCCUCAUCUUUGUCUCAACCUAAAUUUCUGGAGGAUUUCGAUUCAUCUUGUUUCUCUUUGGAAACUGAUUUUUCUGUGAAGAAGAUCAACUGCUCUAGAUUUCAUGAUAUAUUUGAAGUUCCUCAAUGUAAAAUUGACCGUGACUGUGAGCCAAAGAAUAAACUCUUCAUGGAUUGUGUUCCAGGAAGAAGGGAUGUAUCUUCAACGAUUGGUUCAAAGUCAGGAGAGCCCGGAGACCGCAAUUGCAAGGACGAAGAUUGGUCUGAUGAGGCAUUGCUUAAUGGCCAAUAUGGAAAAUUGCGUGAAGGAAUGGCCCUGGAUUGCAUUGGGGACCGUAAGGAUCCUAAAACAGGGGUCUCUUCUCUCUUGCAGAAUAUGAAAGAAUUGUGGGAGUCUAAUAUCAAACAGUUUGAAAAUUGUCUGAAGUUUCUUGAACACGACAGAAGGAUUAUGCAGCAGGAAGAUACUUGCAUGGGAAAGGAACAGUUGAAGUUAUUGAGGGAGAUCUCUGAGCAGCUCAGCAUGAUAUGUUCCCAGUUAAAGAGACCACCAUCGAAAAAGUACUGCUAUGAGGAUGACUCAGUUAUCCCUGUUAUGGAGGUAUAA